AUAAUAUCCUACUCAACGCCGCCGGACUCGCCGGCUGUUUAUUGUCUCAUCUAGCGGAAACGGAACGGGAUAGUUGGACGUUGCUACGUGGCCUGCAUUGACGUGGCAAUUUCAGUUUACAGACAGUUAAAAUGCUGACCUCCCUAUUUGUCCUGCUGGCCGUGACGGCAGCAUGUGCCGGAGUACCGGAAGACACCAAAAGGAUGAUGGACAAGCUCUCGGAUGCGGAGCACUUCAAGAAUGAACACCACAACAAGCAGUUCGACCACGAGGCAUUCCUUGGAGAGGACCAGGCCAAGACCUUUGAUCAGCUGCCUCCGGAAGAAAGCAAAAGGAGACUUGGCCUGAUCGUAGACAAGAUAGACGUGGACGGUGAUGGGUUCAUCACCCUUGUGGAGCUGAAGGACUGGAUCCGGUACACGCAGAAGCGGUACAUCGAGGAGGACGUGGAACGCCACUGGAGGCAGCACAACCCGCAGGGCGCUGACACCAUUCCUUGGGAGACGUACCGGAAAAACGUGUACGGGUUCAUGGAGGAGAUGUCCCCGGCGGAGCUCUCUGCCCCGAACAGCGAAGGCUUCACCUACUCCAACCUGCGCAAGCGGGACCGCAGGCGCUGGACCUACGCUGACGGGGACUCUGACGACGCGCUGAACCGCACGGAGUUCGCGUCGUUCCUGCACCCCGAGGACCACCCCAACAUGCGGGACAUCGUCGUGCUGGAGACGCUCGAGGACAUCGACAAGGACAAGGACGGCAAAGUGUCGUUGGACGAGUACAUCGGUGACAUGUACCAGGCGGAGGAGGGCGAGGAAGAGGAGCCCGACUGGGUCAAACAGGAGAGGGAGCAGUUCGCAGGCUACAGAGACACAGACAAGGACGGGUACAUGGACGCGAACGAGGUGAAGGAGUGGAUUGCGCCGCCGUCGUUCGACCACGCGGAGGCGGAGGCGCGCCACCUCGUGUUCGAGGCCGACGCCGACGCCGACGAGCGCCUCUCCAAGACCGAGGUGCUGGACAAGUACGACCUGUUCGUCGGCUCGCAGGCCACCGACUUCGGCGAGGCGCUCGCCAGGCACGACGAGUUCUAGGCCCGUCCCUACUCCCAACCGAGGGCCUGGAAACGGUCUGCAGUAACUGAUAAAUUAUAUUGACUGUGGCUCUAGUGACCGUCGAGAUAUUACUAUUGAAAAGCCAUACCAUACAAUGAAAUGAGGGUUUCCGCGAUCGAGUUUGUCACUAGAUGGCAGCAGUCCCGCCUGCAGCACCGUGACGAGAGGUCUUUUUGACAGUUGCUGUGAAAAUCCAACAAUAAAAAAAAUAUGGUUAAACAUGAUUGUUGGAUUAUGACAGCUAGACCUCUCGUCACGGGGCUGUCAUCUAGUGGAAAACUCGAUCGCGGAAACCCUCAGUGUCGCAAUCGUAACGUGUACCUCGUGAACAAAAUGUCGUAAUCGCCGUAAAAAUUCAUGGCGCGUAGGCGUUUAGGUCGCGAGACUCACGCUCCGCUUCUAUGGUUUGUCAAAACAGCAUCAAGUCAUGGUUACACUGGUUUUGUGCGCCGGUUUCUAUACUUUAGUAAUAAUAGUAUAAUGCUAGUGACGCGUCUAAGUAUUAUACGAGUUAUAUCAAUAUGGGAUCUGUACAUCUUUUCGCUAGAGCCACAUCGUCAAUUUGGUAUGAACAACUGGAAGUUACUUGUUAGGUAAGUUGCUAAUGCGAAUCAGUUCUGAAGAAGCGUGAUUUUAUUUCUUAUGAAAUUGUACCAUUUCUAGGAAAAUUCCAUUUAAUGCGACUCAUUGUUAUUAUGUUUAUAUACUUACAGUGGCACUAUAACUUAUAGGGCCAAUUUCAAUUAGUAAUUUGUUUAAAUCCUGCGUUACGUAAUAUAUUGUGAUCGUAGAUGUGUUGAAACUGUUGCAAACGAAAGAUUAAUAAUUAUGAUUAACAUUGCACCUCGUGGAUGAAAUGUUAAAUAAAAACACAAAACAAAAGUACAAGCAACUUCACAUGCAGGGGUUUUUUGCAGCUACUACAUACUGCUUUAUUGAAUCUAUGCUGAUGUUUCGGGUAUCGUCCUGGCUAGGGGAUUGCUGCGACGUAGCUGCUAAGGGUCACUGUGUGUUAUGACGUUUUAGACAUAAAGCUAUUUCAAAAGGCAGUUAAUAGGGCAACUUGUUUCUAUACGACACUUUAAACUAAAAAAAAUUAAACUGUUUAUUUUAAUUAAACUUUACAAUAUUUACGGACAGACUUAGCCUAAUCUACACUAUAAUAAAUUAUUAGCUAAGUAA